AUGAUGUUCUUCAAGUAAGAUUUUAUAAGUUGUAUUGUUUAAGCUUUUAACGUUUCUUUGCUGGUUUUGGUUCAGUGUUAGACCCUUUAUUGUCUCAAGAAAACUGUACAUUGGAGACUAUUCUUGAUGAAGACACUUUACAAGAAAUCAAAUUGAAUGGAGCAAUAAAAUUUGGAAAUUUGUAAUAAUUUUUGAUUUAUUAGAGUGUUACAAAGAAUAUAGAAACAUUUAGUAAGAUGAUAGGAUACUUGUGUGUAAAUGAGGAAGAAGAAUAAAACGAAAAGACUUAGAUUAGGUAUAAUGAUUUAAGUUAAAAAUCAUAAGAUACCCUUUCAUGAUUAGUGAAGCAAUAGGAAAUGAGAAUGGUCCGAUCAUAGAUUAUCUAUUCGAAGCAGAUAAAUCAAUUUAAAAUUAUGAGUUAAAUGAAGAAUAUAGACAACAAUUUUUACCAAAGAUUUUCGAUAUUUUAGAUAAGGAUUACUUGAAUGUGACUCUUGCCAGUUAUUUAUCUAAAGUAGUAUGUGCAAUCAUUAGAAGAAGAGGUUAUGAUGUAUUAAUUAUACAUAAACUUAUAAGCUAUGGAGAUUUCUUUCUUAGCCAGAACAUAAAUCAAUUUUAAGUAAUUUAAUAAAGAAUUUGGAUGUAUUCCAUGUUGCUGAAAUUAUUGAAAAAUUAAUUAUAUUAGACACAAAUCAAGAAUUAUAAGACAAUCAAACUAAUUUCUUAGAAGAAAGAAGUGAAUUCUUACGUCGAAUUAUUCGAGUAUUCGAAUAUAAAACUCAUCAAAAUGAUAUCACUGAUAAUUGUAGUCACAUCUUUAAUGAAAUUCUAAAUAAAUCAGAAUAGUUUCUAUCAGUACUUAAUAUCCCUGAAAAAUUAUUUGCAGUAGCAGUAAAAUCUUCAAAAAUAUUCUAAGUUAAAUUCAAGUUCAGCUGCUGUAGUUUCAGUCUUAAUUACAUUAAUAGAAGCCAUUCAUCGUUAUGUAUAAUAGUAAUAAGAGAAGAAUCCUUCUUAUUAAUUUAGUUAUAAUUUAUUCUAUCCAAUUGCUUAAGAAUUCAAAAAUGCCUUGUUAGCUGAAAAAAUAUCAAUUAGUAAUCUCAAUUUUAUAUUCAAGGUGCUUUUAAUACUACAUUUGGAAUAUUAUAAUAGCCAUUUAGUUAGAUGAAAUUGAAAUUGUUACAAUUGUAUCUAUCCAUUUUAAGAAUUAAUAAUAUUGAAUUAAUCAGUUAAUUUGAUCAUAAAGGGAUUUAUUAAUCUCUAAUGAAAUUUAUUAUUGAAUAUGAAUUCAAUAAUCAAUUGCAAAAUUACUUUUAUGAAAUAACAGUAUUCAUUUUUGAUAGACCUCAAUUUGAGAGCAUACAAGAUGAUUUCUUAUCAUUAGAUAUUACAUCAUUUAUUAUGAAAAAUAAUAGAUAUGAAAAGGAAAAUAUUGGAGCUUUGAAUUCUAAAAUAAGAAGAGGUUAUGUAGGUAUUUUAAGUAAAUUGGCAUAUUAUUUCAUUAAUAAAUUUGAAAAGAAUUAAGAAUGGAAUCAAUAUGUUGAAUAAGUACUUGAAUCUGUCAGAAAUAUUGAAAAUUAAUAUAUGUUAGGAGUUAAUCCAAGACCUAAGAUUCCUAUAGAUACAAAUGAUGAUGGUAUGACUGAAAUGUUUAGAGUAUUAUAAUUAAUAUAUAUUCUUAGAACUUUUCUAAAAUGAAAAUAUCUUAAAACAAUCCAUAAUAAUAAGUUUAAUAAUAAGAUCAAUAAUAAACUGUAGAAGUAGAAGAAGAAACAGAAGAACAUGAUGCUGAUGAUGCAGAUGAUAAUUUUAUGGAUAAUCAGAAAGAAGAUGAUGAAACAGAAUAAUUUUAAGAUGUAAAUUCAAAGAAACCUGAGAUGUUGAUAGAUGUAGAUGAAUUUGAAAAAGUUAUCAAUAGUCCUGAAACCAGUCCUAAAGUUGGUAAUCCAAACAUUCAUUUAUAUUAGUUGAAUAAAUUAUUUAAUUUUAAGAGUAAAACUUAAAGACAUCUCCUUAAGCUAGUGAAAUUCUUACUGAUUAAACUGUUAAUAAAUAUUGGAAGGCACAUGAGGGUUAAGAACAUCAAGAACCAGGUAGAAAGGGUUCAUAAGAUGAUAUCCAUAAACAUUAAUCUGAACAUCAUGAAUAAGUUAAACAAGAAGAUACAUCAAAGGAUAAUUAAGAUAAACAUGAAAUAGAAUAGUAAAUUUAACCUCAAGAAAAUUUGAAAGUUGAAGUUUAGUAAGUAUAAGUGGAAGAAAUUGAUUCACCUGAAGUAAAAUAUCCAUAAUAAUAAUAAUAAGAAGAUAUAUAAGAAUAUUAAUAAGUAUAAGAAUAAGAAGAAGAAGAAUAAGUAUAAGAAUAAUAAUAAGAAUAAGUAUAAGAAUAAUAAGAAUAAUAAUAAGAAUAAUAAUAAUAAUAAUAAGAAUAAUAAUAAUAAGAAUAAAAAGAAGUAUAAGAAGAAGUAAUCAGUUGA